UUCUCAGUCAUGAGACUCGUGAACAAGUUAAUGAGAAUGCUUUGUCCGCUGACGACCGUCGAAUUCUGAAGCUGAUGAUGGACCGCUGUGUGGAUCUUUAUCUCGAUCCUUUUUCAUCUUUAGCAGAGAACCUUCUUGAAGAUGAACUGAUUAGGUUGAAGAAGCUGAAUACGUAUCGCUGUGGCAAGUUUUACAAUUUAAUUAGCUGGUCAUUCUCAAAAAAUGGCAGAUUGACACCAGAUUAUGUUCAUCGGCUAAAAGAGGAAGUUGUGCACGAAAUCAUGCCCCAUAAGCUCAAGCUCAAGAUGAGACCAGAUUAUUUCGUCCCUCUACGUAACUAUAGUAUAAACGACAAAAUUGGAGGUAUAUCGGAUGAAGACCGCCUUAUCCUCAAGCCAGUGAUGGAAGAAUGUGUGAAGCUCUACCUUGAUGCUGAUGCCACAGAUUCGGAGGAAAUUAAAUAUGAUAUUGAUUACUGCAAUUGGUAUUUCUUUGAAUUGGGAUCUUAUUAUAGCAUCAGCGAACAAUGGUCACCUAAAUUGGCACCUGAAUUUGUUGAAAUCAUGAGAGAAUUUCCCAAGUUAUACGGAUACUUUAUGCUUGAUGAUGGCUAUGAAGAAUGGCUAUUUCAAACUUGCUUAAUUGAGGAAAAACAUGGAAAAGCCAAUUGUGAUGAUUUUCGCUUAUGGAAGGCUCAACGUGGAAUGCUCGUAGAUUGAUGAACCUCAAAGAGGUAGUCCAAUGAUAUUGCAACUCUAUAGGUUUUAUUUAAGGAUUAUAGUAAUGGAUUUCUUCACUCUGAAAUUGUAUUUUGAACUACCCAAUAGUAUUAAAUGUUAUGAUCGGUAAUUUUUAUUACUUUCUGUUGU